CUAGCUAAAAUGCAAUUUCAGAUUGGAGGAGUCCUGUAAGUGGCCCGCCUGUCCGUCCCACGUGGGCACCAGGGGCUUUUGCAGGAGCACAGACUCUCAGCGCCCACGUCCAGGAAGAAGGUUCUCCAACCCGAGAGCGCAUUGGGUCGCUGGAAUACUGUUUCUGUGGACUGUCACCAAAUCCAUCCUGGAGGAGCGGCUCCUUAAGAAACAGGACAUAAGGUGGAGGGACUGCAAUGUCUGGUGGAGAACAGGAACCAGGGAGGUACUAUGUGGGCGUGGACGUUGGGACAGGCAGCGUCCGUGCGGCUCUGGUGGACCAGAAUGGGGUCCUUUUGGCUUUCGCAGACCAGCCAAUUAAGAAGUGGGAGCCCCAGUUCAACCACCACGAGCAGUCCUCCGAGGACAUCUGGGCCGCGUGCUGUGCUGUCACAAAGAAAGUUGUACAAGGGAUCGAUUUAAACCAAAUUCGAGGACUUGGGUUUGAUGCCACGUGUUCUCUGGUUGUUUUGGAUAAGCAGUUUCGUCCUUUACCAGUAAACCAUGAAGGGGAUUCCCGUCGAAACAUCAUCAUGUGGCUGGACCACCGAGCCGUCAGUCAGGUCCACAGGAUCAACGAAAGCAAGCACAGCGUCCUGCGGUACGUCGGGGGGAUGAUGUCUGUGGAAAUGCAGCCCCCGAAGCUUCUGUGGCUGAAAGAGAACUUGAGAGAGACUUGCUGGGAUAAGGCGGGACAUUUCUUUGAUCUCCCAGACUUCUUAUCGUGGAAGGCAACAGGUGUCACAGCACGGUCUCUCUGCUCCCUGGUGUGCAAAUGGACAUACUCAGCAGAGAAAGGCUGGGAUGACAGUUUCUGGCAGAUGGUUGGUUUGGAAGACUUGGUUGCAGAUAAUUACAGCAAAAUAGGAAACCAAGUGCUGUCUCCUGGAGCUUCUCUCGGAAAUGGGCUCACACGAGAGGCAGCAAAAGACCUUGGCCUUCCUGCGGGAACUGCGGUGGCAGCCUCACUCAUUGAUGCCCAUGCAGGAGGACUAGGAGUGAUUGGGGCAGAUGUGAGAGGGCACGGCCUCGUCUGUGAGGGACAGCCAGUGACGUCACGGCUGGCUGUCAUCUGUGGAACAUCUUCUUGUCACAUGGGGAUCAGCAAAGACCCGAUUUUUGUGCCAGGUGUCUGGGGGCCGUAUUUCUCAGCCAUGGUGCCUGGGUUCUGGCUGAAUGAAGGUGGUCAGAGCGUUACUGGAAAAUUGAUAGAACACAUGGUGCAGGGCCAUGCUGCCUUCCCUGAACUACAAGCCAAGGCCGCAGCCAGAUGCCAGAGUGUAUAUGCAUAUUUGAACAGUCACCUGGAUUUGAUUAAGAAGGCCCAGCCUGUGGGUUUCCUCACUGUUGAUUUACAUGUUUGGCCAGAUUUCCAUGGCAACCGGUCUCCCUUAGCAGAUCUGACACUAAAGGGCAUGGUCACUGGAUUGAAACUGUCUCAGGACCUUGACGAUCUUGCUAUUCUCUACCUGGCCACAGUUCAAGCCAUUGCUUUUGGGACCCGCUUCAUUAUAGAGGCCAUGGAGGCAGCAGGGCACUCUAUCAGUACCCUUUUUUUAUGUGGCGGCCUGAGCAAGAAUCCUCUUUUUGUGCAAAUGCAUGCGGACAUCACUGGCUUGCCUGUGGUCCUGUCGCAAGAGGUGGAAUCUGUUCUUGUGGGCGCUGCUAUUCUGAGUGCCUGUGCCUCGGGGGAUUUCACUUCUGUACAGGGGAAGAUUCCUGCCUGAGGUCAGGGGUGCCUAGGCAGAAGUGAUGGCAGCACAGCCACAGGCUUGGCCCAGGCCACUCUGGGAGGUCUGCAGCACAAUGGAAGGAAGAGGAAGAAAAAGGAUCAAAGUUAAGUAAGGGAACUGCGGCCAAAGCCUGAUUUCUACAGAGCAGGCCAAAAUGAUUGGGGCAGAAAGAUAAACACUAUUAAGGAUGUCCAUCAAGAUUUAUCUGUAGCAAACAUGUCUCAUUUUAAUUCUUAAAACAGUUUAGUUGCAUAGGUACUGUUAUUUCCAGUUUCACCCGGUGAAAUUGAGGAUCAGAGAGGUUAAGUGAGUUGCCCCAGGGUCACACAACCAAAAAGUGGGAGAACUGGAAUCUGAGCCCAGGUCUGUCCAACUCCAAAUCCCUAAUGCCAUGCUGUUAAUGCAUGUCCUGCCUCUGUUGGGAAUGACUCAGAGGCCAAGCUGGAGGAGCAGGGAGGGAGGGAUGACUGUGUUUCUUGGAGUGAACAGAGGAGGCAGCGGCAGGGGCAGCAGGUCUGGAGCUGACAGGCCUUCAUGUAAAAAUUUGGAAAUUUUGCCCUGCAAGACAAGAGAGAGUGUUUUCAGCUGAGGCCAUUUUCAGCUGCACCCUGUGUACUAGGCUAAGGGCAAACCAACACACAGCCAGAAAUAGCACAGAAUUCUCCUCCCAACAGCCCACUGUGUUCCUUCUGUUUGGAGAUGAAUGUUGAAACCCUCCACAUGAAAAUGGCUGAAGCUGCUUCUGUUCACUGCCCAUUCGAAGGCAGGCACCUUGGGGGUGGAGAGAGGUGCAGAUACCGAGAGUCAUCAGAUGGUCCACCAUCGUGCAGUCUCAACAGUGGCCUUGCCAGGAGUCAGCAUCCUGGACUUCCCACAAAGCAGGCCUUCCCAAAGCUGCGGCUGUGUGGGGGCCCAUUCUCUUUGAAUGGGUAUGGUCCCACUUGUUACAGAGUGUAUUUGUAUAGCUAUACUUUCU